AUGGCCGCUUGCACAAAACACGCGCAAGAGCACUGGAGUGACAAUGACUACCGCGCUUGCGUGUUCUUCGGACCAGGACCAGAUUACUUCGUAAAGUACAACAACAAGAAGGCUUUAUGGCCUGAAAUCGCAACGCAAUUAUAUAUCUCCAACUAUGCAGAGUCUCAGGCAGAUGCGCCACGCAUUGCCAAGGUUAUACACCACUUUGAAGGAGACCAAGGGACAGCAUACCUCGUCAUGGAGUACAUCAAGCUCGCGGACUCACCUCCAGACCUCCACGAGAGGACAGCAGAGGCUCUCAAGUGGCUUUUGGGGGUCCCAGCUCCUCCCAACCAUGUAAUUGGUCCCUUAGGGGGCGGUCGCAUCCGCCAUCGAUUCUUUAAGGACUACAAGGCACCUCUGCUUUUCUCGAGCAUCGAGGCAUUGGAGCGAUAUAUAGAGAAAGGGCGCACGAGGCUCCCGAGGUCGGUGAAACCUGUCAGGAUCAGCGGUGAGCGGUUGAUAUUCACGCAGCCCGACAUCGAUGCCAGCAACUUUGGCGUCGACGAGGACGGGAACACGGUCCUGUUGGACUUCGGGGACAUAGCGCUGUUGCCGGUAUCUUUCGCAAUGUACACCACGUCUUCGGACAAGGGCUUCACCGCUGUCGCCGAGUCCUUGGGUUGGUCGGGCAGUUCCAAUCUGGCCUCGAUGGCUGUAAUCUCUCAUUGUUUGUGGAUAACGGGCGACCCGAAGCUCGGCCUGAACGAGGACGGCUAUCCGAAGACGAAGGACAGCAAAAAAUAG